AUGGUUAGUAAACCUUUAAGUCCUGUAACAUCAGGCACCCAUGCACUCAAUCCCAUUACUUCGGGGAUUCAAACCAUCAAAUCAGUCACACAUGCUCAUUUGCAUCAAGUGAUGUCAUCUAAAUCGGUAUUGAGAGAUGUGGAUCCUACUGCUGCUCACAAUGAAGUAGAGUUAUUGGCUGAAAUGGGUUACAAACAAGAGCUUAGAAGACACUACACAACUUUUGAAGCUUUUGGUAUUGCCUUUAGUAUUAUGGGUCUCUUACCAAGUAUAGCAUCCACAGUUACUGGUGGUUUGGAAAUGGGCCCCGCUGGAUUUGUUUGGGCUUGGUUCAUUGCUGGAGGUUUCACUUUAUGUAUUGGAAUGUCUUUGACAAUCAUGGCUUCGGCAUUGCCUACUUCUGGGGGUUUAUAUUACUGGACUAAUUAUUAUGCUCCUGAUUGGUGUCGGGUGCCAUUGAGUUUUCUUAUCGGUUGUUCUAAUACAAUUGCCUUAUGUGCUGGUUUAUGCUCCAUCGCCUACGGGUUUGGUGUGGAAGUGUUAUCAGCUGUGUACAUUAAUCGUGAUGGUGAUUUUGAUAUCACAAAUGGAAAGUUGUACGGAAUGUUUUGCGUUUCGGUGAUAGGAGCCUGUUUGUUUUGUUGUCUCACCACAAAGCAUGGAGCUUGGUUGCAGACUGCUUCUAUUACUCUCAACACCUUCCUUAUAGUGUUGUUCUUCAUUGCUGUUCCCAUUGGAACCAAAAAAAAUGUUGGGAAGUUCAACGAUGCAUCAUUUAUCUUUACUAAGAUGCCUAAUGCUAGAACAUGGACUGAUUUUUGGUCUUUCUGUCUCUCCUUCAUGCCUGCUAUUUGGACCAUCGGUGCAUUCGACUCUGUUAUCCACAUGUCUGAGGAGUUAAAAUCCAAAAAGUCAAUUCCAUGGGGUAUUUUAGGUUCCAUUACUGUUUGUUGGAUCGUGGGUUGGUUUAUUGUGAUUGUUUUUGUUGCCUGUAUUAGAGAUGGGGACAUUGAGGCAAUUCUUACAACUGAUACUGGUUCGGGCAUGGCACAAGUCAUCUAUGAUUCUUUAGGAAAGGAAUGGUGUGUAGCUUUCAUGUCAUUGAUUGCUUCUGGCCAAUUCCUUAUGGGAUGCUCAAUUGCUUUGGCAGCUUCCAGACAAAUUUGGGCUUUUGCCAGAGACGAUGGUACUCCAUUUAUUUACAAAUUCAUCAAGUAUGUAAACCCUAAGAUUGCCGUGCCAAUUAAUGCUACAAUUUUUGCCGCAUGCCUUUCAUGUGUUAUUGGGUUAUUAGUGUUGAUAAACACAACUGCAGCCAACGCUUUAUUCUCAUUAUUUGUUGCCAGUAACUUGUUGGCAUGGGGUUUACCAGUGUUCCUUGUGUUGUUACCUUAUGGUAAAAGCAGAUUUAAACCAGGUCCUUUUUGGUUUGGCCAAACAGCAUCCACUAUUAUUCACAUUGUUACUGUGUUGUGGAUUCUUUUCGUUAUUAUCUUAUGCAUGUUCCCAGACUCCAAGUAUGUGAACAAAAACACAAUGAAUUAUACUGUUGCCAUCAACGUACCAGUCUGGGGAUUAGUCAUGCUCUAUUAUUUCUUUUAUGGUUACAAGGUAUAUUCUGGACCAAAGUCCAACUUGUCUCACGACUCACCAGGUUCUUCUGAUGUUGAAGUGGAAAAUAUUGACGCUCUUAUGGAGCAAAAAGCUUGA